AUUUAUGUUGCUAAAACUAGUACAUUGACAGAAGACUUGAGUGUGUGACUUCUGACACUCCUCUCAGCAUGGAAAACACACCUCAGUCCAGACUUUACAUCUAGAGAAGCUUCCUGCAACUUAAACUUCGGAUUAUGAAUUCCUCUACAAACAGUUUGGAUGAUGUAUCAGCCGACAGCAGCGCUGAGUUCCCAGACAGAGCAUCCAUGAUGGAGGUGCGUCUGCAGGCGCAAGAGGAUGAGAUCACGCUGCUGAAAUCCUCACUGGCUGACGCCCUGCGCAGGAUCCGCCUCCAUGAUCAGCUCCUGCCGUUACUCAAACAGCAACUCAUUGCAGUAAACCCUGGUGCUGCACGUGUGCUGAAUCAAGCAUGCUGCUCAGAAGGUUGCACCAGCAGCAGAAAACUGUCCUCCAGCUCAGCCGUCGAUGGGAUCCGCCAUGCUCCUACCAGCCAACUGUCAGACAGCAUUGUGACCAAUGCCAAUGGCCACAUAGGAUGCCCAAUGUCCGUAGAGCCCAGACCAGCAACACUGGACAGGUCAAUCCAGACAGAUCCCAUCCCCCCAGAGCAAGAUGUUGGGCAGGACAGGGUCCCUCUGCCCAUGCAUGCCCAGAGCCUGAACCUGGAGGACGCCCUCCUACCUGGACAGCCUCUCGAGGGGACGCGGGCCAAGCUCCACCGCAUCCCUGGUAUGGAGGAGGAUGAGGAGCAGGAUGAAGAUGAAGAAGGAGGAGGUGAGCAGGAAAAGGAGCUGAGUUGGACGUCAUCAGUGGAGGAGCCCAUUCAGCCCACCACCAUCAGAGGCGUCCAGAGGGAGGACUUCCAGGAUGGAAGCUGCUCUCCAGAAGAUCCGGGCUCUGCCUCGGCCUCAGUUAGAACCUCAGACCGCGGACCCCUGGCCCCCAUCCAGGAGGGACAGAAGGCGCCUCUGAAACGGGGUGUGCCACAAGAAAUCCUCAGAGACAAUAACAGGGUCCGUAGGAACAGCGAGAAACUGGGGAACCCGGAGAGGCAGAGGAAACGUCUGGAUAAGAAGGCGGCGUCCUCGGCCAACCUUCUCACCCGCUCCCCCAGCCUGGAGAACCGAGCUAAGGAGCUGAUUGCCAGUGCAGGAUCCCCUGGGUCCAGAAGAGGAACCUACAGCCAAGGGCAGUCCAUCAAAAUGUUCAUCCGAGGCCGGCCAAUAACCAUGUACAUCCCCUCUAACAUCCAGAACUAUGAAGAUCUGAAGAUGGAGCCGCCCUCAGAGAGACUGGAGCUGGACUGGGUCUAUGGUUACCGGGGACGGGACUGCCGGGCCAACCUCUACUUCCUUCCUACAGGCGAGGCAGUGUACUUCAUCGCCUGCGUCAUUGUGCUUUACCACAUCAACAACCGUACACAACGGCACUAUCGCAAACACACAGACUGUGUCCGCUGUCUUACCCUCCAUCCUGACAAAGUGCGAGUGGCAUCAGGCCAGACAGCAGGGGUGGAUAAAGACGGCAAGCCCCUGCAGCCUUGUGUUCAUAUCUGGGACUCCACCUCCCUGGUCACGCUGCAGCAGAUUGGCCUCGGGACCUUCCAGAGGGUGGGAUCAGUUGCCUUUUCUUUUGCUGACUCGGGAGCGUUCCUGUGUGUGAUCGAUGAUUCUAAUGAACACAUGCUGUCAGUGUGGGACUGCAACAAGGGGACCAAGCAUGCGGAGAUCAAGAGUACCAACGAGGCAGUGUUUGCUGUGGAGUUUAAUCCAAGCGACAGCACCAACAUCAUCACCUGUGGUAAAUCCCACGUUUACUUCUGGACACUGAGUGCAGGACAGUUCACCAAGAAACAAGGCAUCUUUGGAAAAUAUAAGAAACCCAAGUUCAUCCAGUGCUUUGUGUUCAGUCUGACUGGAGAUGUUCUGACCGGAGAUUCUGAAGGAAACAUUCUGACGUGGGGAAAAUCGGCUGCAGAUAUCAAAACUCUGGGUAAAGGAGCCAAAGAGACCUUCCAGAUAAUGCGUCAAACCAGAGCCCAUGAAGGCAGUGUGUUCACCCUGUGCACCCUGCAGGGCGGCGCUCUGCUCAGUGGUGGAGGGAAAGACCGCAAGAUCAUCCGCUGGAGCGCUGACCUGGCACCUGAGAGAGAGUGUGAGAUUCCAGAAAAAUUUGGGGCAGUCCGCACCAUUGCUGAUGUGGAUGGGGAGGAACUAUUAGUUGGUACAACCCGUAAUGCAGUCCUCCGAGGCACCUUCUCAGACGGAUUUGUGGCCAUAGUGCAGGGUCAUGUAGAUGAGAUGUGGGGGCUGGCAACACACCCCUCUCAGAACAUUUUCCUCACCUGUGGUCAUGACAGGCAGGUGUGUUUGUGGAACACAGAGGAACAUAAGCUGGACUGGUGCAUCAGCCUGGAGGAGUAUGGAUUGUGUGCUGAUUUCUGCCCUAAUGGAUCAGUGGUUUCAGUUGGCCUCAGCACAGGAAGGUGGAUGGUCCUUGACCUGCUGACCAGAGAGGUGGUCUCUGAGUCCACUGAUGGGAAUGAGCAGCUGUCUGUCAUGAGAUACUCACCAGAUGGCAGCUUUUUAGCUGUUGGAUCUCAUGACAACUUUAUCUACAUCUACAAUGUGACAGAGAGUGGCCGGCGCUACACUCGCUUUGGGAAAUGUAAUGGCCACUCCAGCUUCAUAACACACCUGGACUGGUCCAAAGAUGGGAAGUACAUUAUGUCUAAUUCUGGCGACUAUGAGAUCCUUUACUGGGACAUUGCAGCAGGGUGCAAACUGCUGAGGAAUCGCUUUGAGAGCAAAGACAGAGAGUGGGCCUCCUAUACUUGUGUGCUGGGCUUCCAUGUGAUGGGUGUGUGGUUAGAGGGUUCAGACGGCACAGACAUCAACGCUCUAUGUCGCUCUCACAGUGAGAGGGUGGUGGCUGUGGCUGAUGACUUCUGCAAAGUCCACCUCUUCCAGUACCCCUGUCCUAAACCAAAGGCGCCAAGCCACAAGUACGAGGGCCAUGGCAGCCACGUCACCAACGUCUGCUUCACCCACAGUGACUCCCACCUGCUCUCCAUGGGCGGGAAGGACAUGUGCAUCCUUCAGUGGAAGGUGAUUGGGGGAGGUGGGAUGGUCGACAGCAGGGAGAGACUGGCCUCAGGCUCGUCCACCUCCACCAGCUCUCCAGAGCCUGCCACCAGCUAGGAAGGACUUGUGUUAUUAAGAGCGACAGAGGGGGAAUUGUUUACACAGAGAGGCGUGAUGGUCAGUGGACAGCAGCCACAGCUAUGAGCUCAGUACAGCCUCUGUGGUGCUGCUGCUGUCAGUUUCAUACAGAACAUGUAGAGGAAUCCUCUUCAGGAGGAACACCUAUAUUAAUUUUACACUUACACACCUCCAUAAUCAUGUAAAGCCUUGUGAAACUGGACAGUGCGAUACUUUCCAUAGCACAGAUUAUUUGUCAUUCUGUUGGAUAUGUGGUGAGAAUCUUCAGAAGUGGCCAUGUAUGUACGCUGGUACAGAACAUGACUUGACUUCUGUGGUAACAAAGACUUUGGUUUUACUGAACAUUCCUGUGUUUAUACCAGAGUUCUGCACUUGGCAUAUCGUCGUGCCUACAAAGAUGUUUGCAUAAUGUUUUUACAUGACUUUAGUAUCCUAAACAGUGUUUGGUUGACAUCUCAGCUAAUACUGAAGCUGUUUUUAUGCUUGCAUUAGAUAGACUGUGACAAACCUGUUAUAAUGAAAUCAACUCUCAGCUUUUCUGACUAAUUAAUUUCUCUAACAGUUGAUAAGUACACUUGAACGUGAUUACUUUAGUACAGUUUUAUAUAUAUUUAAAUAACAUUGGGAAUACUGUGAUGUUGUAUCUGUCAAGCUCCCAAUAAAUUACUUAAGACUGGAAA